GCGCUCGGAUAUCACCAGACGAGCUGUGGUGUACAGCGAUCGUAACGUCACCACAGAGUUUGCACUACAAUACCUGUGCCACGUAUAUUUAUUAUUUGUGUGUGCCGCAAAUUUUGCACGACCGACAAUUAGUUUGAUGUUUUUUAUCUGCUCGUCUCAGGUGACCUAAGAAACUCUCAGCCGAAAUGGGGUCUUCCCAAAGCGUGGAAAUACCAGGAGGUGGUACAGAAGGUUAUCACGUAUUGGGGGUUCAGGAAGGUUCCCCUGGGCAGCAAGCAGGACUGGAAGCAUUUUUUGAUUUUAUCGUAGCAAUUGGAAAUACUCGUCUGGAUCAAGAUAACGAUACUCUGAAGGAACUUCUGAAAGCUGGUGUGAAUCAGAAAUUAAUAAUUACAGUAUACAGUAGUAAAACAAAGUCUGUAAGGCGAACUCAUAUUACACCGAGCAUGACAUGGGGCGGACAAGGAUUACUGGGCGUCAGUAUACGUUUCUGCUCAUUUGAAGGUGCCAACGAAAAUGUCUGGCAUGUGCUUGAGGUGCAUCCAUCCUCUCCUGCAGAGUUGGCUGGUUUACGGCCGUUCACCGAUUAUAUCAUCGGCGCGGAUUCCAUUCUACAUGAGAGCGAGAAUCUGUUUACCUUGAUAGAAGCUCAUGAAUCACGACCACUGAAAUUAUAUGUAUAUAACACUAAAGAUGAUUUCUGCAGAGAAGUGACUAUCACUCCUAACAAUACCUGGGGUGGAGAAGGAAGCUUAGGAUGUGGAAUAGGAUACGGAUAUCUGCACAGAAUACCUGUCAGAAGUGUGCUGGAACACAAGCCUGCUAAUUCAUACCAGAAUACUACCAAAACUGCUAUGCAAGAUCAGCCAACAACAACUGCUACCGUCAUCAUGACAGGAAAUAAUCCGGUUGUCAGUAUGCCACCCGGAUUAUCCGUCCCGCCAACUUAUAAUUCACCGAUAGAUAACUCUAUGAAAAAUCUGAAAGCAGAACAGGAAACUCUACCAUCUCAAAGCACAGGAGCAAACACGCCAAUACAGACUGCGAGCCGUGUCAAUUUCACUGUUCAUGCCACUAGUGCCAGUACCGGUGUUAAUGCCGGUGCCGGUAUCGGUGCUAAUAUCGGUGUUGGUGGUACCAAUGCUGGUACCGGUGUUUACCCAUCGAUCAGCUCGGCACCUCAUAUGUUUCCAAAUCAGCCUACAGUCAGUUUUCCUCCUGGUACUUAUCAAGCGACUCCGAACAUUCCCGGUAUGCCAGCCAGUCCAGUCUUACAACAGAGUCUUUACGAAGUUGCAACAACGCCGACCGCGCCAAUCAAUAUCCCGGGACUGCAGAAAGAUCAGAUUCCUGCUUACAGUGCGACUGUUGCUGCUACUGGAUUUAAUGUGCCUCAAUCUCAUGUUGUGACGACGCCGAUCUCACUGCCUGGAAUGCCACCUAUCACGGUCAGCGCCUCUCUCCCGCAAAAUACUUCCUUCUAUCCGUCUGUUCUUCAACAAAACCAAUCCCCUACCAACGCUACCACCACCGCAACUACUACUACUACACCUCCGUCGAUGUUAAUGUCGAUGCCGACAUCGACGCAAUAACGGGCACGCGUUCUUAAGUUAAAGAAGCGUAACUUUUAAACAUAAUUUUCGCACUAAUAAAGCAUAGUAUUAAGUAACACCGGUAAAGAAAGAAAAAAGAGAGAAUGAUCGGUAUACCUCGCCUGUUCUAUUCUCGCAUGCGGUGCGACCAUUCAACAGUUACGUUUUGUUUCUUAAUGAGUAUCAGAAUGUGAUACAUAUAGUAAAUUUUUUAAUGUGUACUGAAAAGGAUAGUAUAAUAUAAUAUUGUACAUAAAUAAAGUAUAUAUAAUCA